UUCGGAAACACCCAGCAGUUUUAAACCACCCACAUGGUGAUAAACGCCCACUUUUGCUCUGCAGAGACCUAAGUCUCCAAACUAGAAGUCUCGACAGUGCUCGAUAAAUCAGAAGAGGGAAACACAGGACAAAAACCCCAAAAAUGUUUCCAGGGUUCCUUCUCAGCCUCGCACUCUCACUGAAUCUAUGGUUCUGUGACGUAGCAUUAACAACUCAACAAGAAGCACAUAUUAUUAUGGAUGAACCCAAUAUCAACCCUGAGAUUGCAAAACUUCUGGGCCGAAUUAAAUAUGUUGCUCGAAGCUGCAAAGAAAUUCGUGAGAAGUAUCAUGUUUAUGAUGACGGCCUGUACUAUCUGAUCUCAUCAAGAGGGGUCCUUUACCAGACGUUCUGUGAUAUGACCACUGCCGGCGGCGGCUGGACGCUGGUGGCCAGUGUUCAUGAAAACAACAUGCAUGGAAAGUGUACUGUUGGUGAUCGCUGGUCUAGUCAGCAAGGCAGCGACCCAAACCGUCCUGAUGGUGACGGGACAUGGGCAAACAGAGUCACAUUUGGAGCUGCCGAAGCGGCCACAAGUGAUGAUUAUAAGAAUCCUGGAUAUUUUGACAUUGUGGCACAGGAUGUGUCUGUGUGGCAUGUUCCUAAUAAUAGUGAACUGGAACACUGGACCACUGCCUCCAUCCUGAGAUACCACACUGAAAAUCACUUCUUGACCCUACAUGGAGGAAACCUUUUGAGUUUGUUCAAGAAAUUCCCUGUGAGGUUUGGAAUCGGGACAUGUAACGUUGAUGAUGGACCUGUUAUUCCAAUAGUGUAUGAUACUGGAAAUGCUAUAUCAACAAAAUAUCUGUAUGGUCCUAAUCCAAGAGGAAUAUUUGAGCCUGGAUUCAUCACAUUCAGGGUCUUCAAUUACGAAAAGGCAGCUAUGGCUAUUUGUUCAGGUGUUAAACCAACCGGUUGUCACACCGAACAUUUCUGUAUUGGUGGAGGUGGACACUUUCCUGAGGGCGUCCCUAGACAGUGUGGGGACUUUACGAGCUUUGACUGGGAUGGAUAUGGUACUAAUACAGGAUGGAGUGCUUCCAAAGAGAUGACUGAAGCAGCUGUACUUCUCUUUUAUCGCUGACACUCUUAUGAGUCUAAAUCUUUUCAUUGAGAUAUAUUACAGUGAAUAACACCUGAAUGUUAUAUGCACAAAAUGUAUUUCAUUACAGUAUAUAUCCUUUAUCUUUUAUCAUUCAGUCUGCACUCUAAGAAUACAUUUGCAUUCUUUGUGACUUUUGAAAAAAAUAUUAGCCAUUUAUUGAUCCAUUUAUAUCUAACAUACUUUAAACAUACUUGCAAUGUUCAUGCAUUUCUUUUUACAAUUGUUCAAAAGUGGAACGAAUGUAUAAUGUUUCAAUAAAAGAGUGGGCUGCCAAUACUUAUCA